AUGGCUCCGCCCGUGACGCUCCGCAACAUCAGCAACAACCCUCUGACGCUGGUGCUGGUCGAGCACUUCGAUCCUCCUCCCGAUGAAGGAUUCCAGAUGCAAAACGUAACGCGGUCGCUGGUAGCAGUGACCAACAGCAUCGGCCUGACCAACAACACGACACGCAAAGCGGUGCCCCAGAUCGAUGCCGAUGCAAGGCCCUUUGCUACUCGUGAGAUCUCAAUCCAACUCCCGCCCUUCGCCUUGGUGCCGACGGACAUCAAACCCGUAAUCAGCAAGCCGCAAGAACGACUCCGUCUAACGUUCCAGACGGAACUGGGUGGCAAGCACCAGAUGUACUGUCCCGUGCCGACAGCUGAGACGGAGUCGCUGGUAGCACUGGCGCCGAACCCGAAGAUGCGCUUCACGGGCAUAUACCUCCCUAACCCGUCAUACACGGCCGUGUUCAACACAUCACGACACGACUCAUGGAUGGAGAAGAUCCCCGACCACGCUCCGCUCGGCGCCCUCUCGAUCCCGGGCACGCACAACUCACCGACAUGCCACAACGCGCCUCCAUCGGUACGCUGCCAAGCCGUGUCUCCCAUGGAACAGCUCAAGAACGGCGUGCGUUUCUUCGACAUCCGAGUGCAGGUUCCUGAACCAUACGACCCGAACUCGGACCGACUAAAUCUCGUGCACGCCGCAUUCCCCAUCGCCCUGUCCGGCAACAAGCCCUUUCGAGGCCUCUACGACGACAUUCUACAGUUCCUGAAAGAAAAUCCCAGCGAGACUCUCAUCCUGUCCCUGAAACGUGAAGGCACGGGCAAAGGCACGGACGAACAAUUGUCCCGGAUCCUGAAGAACCACUAUACCAACCCGCGCGAAUGGUUCACGGAGCCACGCGUCCCCAGUUUAGGCGAGGUGCGCGGCCGCAUCGUGCUACUGCGCCGCUUCGCAUUGGAAGAACCGCUGCGUCACGAAUGGGGCGGCCGUGGAUGGGGGAUCGACGCCCAGGUCUGGGAAGACAACACGCCCAACGCCAUGUGUCCGUCGGGAGACGUGUGUGUGCAGGAUUUCUACCAGGUCAUGGACCGGCCGAGCAUUGAAAAGAAGAUCGCCCAUGCCCGCGACCAUCUCGAACGCAGCGGGGCUUGUGAUUUCUUCCCGGAUUCCGAAGUCAACAAGACCAAAAAGUAUCCCUUGUACGUCAACUUCCUGAGUGCCAGCAAUUUCUGGAAGGUCGGCACCUGGCCCGAGAAGAUUGCGGCCGAAGUCAAUCCGACCAUUACCGCUCAUUUGUGUCAGCGACAUAUGUUGGAUGACCAGGGCCGUGUCAAGCCGGGGAACUGGAGCACUGGCAUCGUUGUGACUGAUUGGGUCGGCUUGGGAGGUGAUUGGGAUCUUGUGCGGGCCAUUGUUGGCAUGAACGCAAGGAUAUCUCGGUAG